AUGCAGGCUGCACAGCAGUCCUGGGAACUCGAGAACUCCAUCAGCGUCUUCGACCCUCAGCGCGAUGCCCUCUAUGAAUACAAUGAAGCCACCCAAAAGGCCCUGAACGACGAGAAACCCUGGGCCAAAGAUCCAUACUACUUCAAAUCCGUUCGCAUAUCCGCAACAGCGUUAUUGAAAAUGGUGAUGCACGCCCGGUCCGGCGGAGCCCUGGAAGUCAUGGGCCUGAUGCAAGGGUACAUCCUACCAAACACAUUCGUCGUAACAGAUGCCUUUCGGCUGCCUGUCGAGGGGACAGAGACGCGCGUGAAUGCGCAGGAUGAAGCGAACGAAUACAUGGUGUCGUAUCUACAGUCAUGCCGGGACGCGGGCCGGAUGGAAAACGCGGUGGGCUGGUACCACAGCCACCCCGGGUACGGGUGCUGGCUUUCCGGUAUCGAUGUGUCGACGCAGCAGACGCAGCAGAUGACGGGGCCGUUCGUGGCGGUUGUGAUCGACCCAGAGCGUACGAUCUCGGCGGGCCGCGUUGAGAUCGGCGCAUUCCGCACUUUCCCAAUGAACUAUACCCCGCCAAAGGAGGCACACGAGGACGAUGAGUACCAGACCAUUCCGCUGGGCAAAGCGGAGGACUUUGGCGCCCAUGCAAAUCAAUACUACUCCCUCGAAACCACCCAUUUCAAGAGCACCCUGGAUACCGAGAUCAUGUCUCUCCUCUGGAACAAGUACUGGGUUGCUACCCUCAGUCAGAGCCCAUUAUUCACAUCCCGCGAUUUCAGCAGCAAGCAAAUGAUGGAUCUCAGCGAGAAGAUGCGCAAGGCGUCGCGAGGAAUUGAGAACAGUGGACCGCGGGGUCCUACCAUGAACCUCAAAGACCAGCAGUUAGAUAAGGUCGUGCGGGGCGGGCAACGGAUUGUGUCGGAGGAAGUCAAGGGGCUCCUGGCCUCCGAGGUGAAAAGAAAGCUCUUCCAAGAUAUUGGCGGCCAGACCGCUCCCGCAACCUAA